AUGUCAAGAGCCGUUUUUCUACCCAAAUUCAUGAAAGGUACCAUCACUCAUUCUCUUUUCUUUUAUACAACCAUCCUGCUUAUUUCAGAAUUAAUAGAUUUGCCAUUUUCGUACUACCGAGAAUUUGUUGUGGAGGAGAAAUUUGGUUUUAACAAGCAAACUCUUGGUCUUUGGCUCAGAGACCACAUCCUUGCGUUUUCCUUGAACACUGUUAUUGUUAAUGUUGUACUUUCAGGAUUGUUGAAAAUUUUUGAAAUAUAUGGGGAGUCAUUCAUAAUUUAUACAACUGGCUUCUUAGUUGUUGUUUCUUUUGCUGUUCAAUCUUUGAGCCCUUUUAUUGGAAGACUUUUCUAUAAGUUCACUGCUUUGCAAGAUGAAAAUUUGAAGCAUCAAAUUGAAAAUUUAGCAAGCAAGUUCAAUUUCCCAAAAACAAAUAUUUUUGUUAUAGAUGGUUCCACAAGAUCAUCUCACUCAAAUGCUUAUUUUGUAGGAUUGCCUUGGUACAAAGAAAUUGUGAUUUUUGACACUUUGAUAGAAAAGCAAACAACUGAAGGAGUUGUUGCAGUUUUGGGUCACGAGCUAGGGCACUGGAAACUCAAUCAUAUACCAAAAUUGAUGCUAAUUCAAUUAUUGGACUUCACACAGAUCUUCGGUCUUUUUGGUGUUUUUAUCUACAACAAGUCCUUAUACUCCUCUUUUGGAUUCACUGACAACCAACCAGCUAUAGUUGGAUUGGUAUUAUAUUGGAUUAUUAAGGAACCAAUUUCAACUGCCACGAGAUUUGUUACAAAUAUAUUCUCCCGCAAGUUCGAGUACCAAGCAGACGAAUUUGCUAAGAGUUUAGGGUACCAAGAUGAAUUAUCCAAAUCCUUAUUGAAGUUGGAUAUCAACAGCCUGUCAGUAACAAACACUGAUUGGUUGUACUCGGCCUAUUAUAACGGCCACCCGUUGUUGUCCGAAAGAUUAAGUGCUUUAGGCUACAUCUCCAAGGAGAAGAUUUCAAGGGAAACCAAAUCUAAGCCAUUAAAGGAAGAUUGA